CCACUUUAUCAGUAAUCCGAGUUGGGUAGUACGUUUACUCAGUUUCGUGUAUCUAACGUACAAAUUUGAGAAAUUGUUUCCUGAGUAUUUUCAAAUAGUUCACUAUUUACUAUAGUAUCUUAAUAUAGUUGGCCUACUAUUUCCUCUUUUGGGUUUAAUUUAAUUCACUUGUGUUAGUCACGCCAUCUGUGCGGCUUUGCAAAUUGUCACACCUGUGACCUUGGAGCGUCAGCAUUUUUAGACCAAAAUGAGCCCAAAAAUAGAAGAGCGCCUAAUAAACAUAAGCUCAUAUUUUGAUAAAUGUUAGAUGUACUGAAGUUGCGUUCAGACUAUGAUCGCAAACCGAGCCCAAUGCACAACAGCAAAUGGGAGGAACAUGUCGCUCCUACUGAAUGCCCUCGGUGUUCCUGUGUUUGAGAGGGAGGAGUGUGGCUCUCGCGUGUUGCCGCUUGCCAUUCACUGCAGGUGAUGUGUUGCCUGAGACAGCUGCUAAAACCCUCUAGUAAAAACGCUUUCUGAAAAUAGACUCAGUGCUAGAACAAUUGUAGAUAUGAUACAGGAAAAUUAUAGCAAGGUAUUUAAAAAGUCCCUGGACUCAACAAUAAAGAUUAACAAUAAAGCUAACAGAAGACCAUUCAUUCAUAAAUCAUGUUGAAUAAUACAGUGCCAUGAAUAGUGCCAUCGUGUGGCAAACAUGAGGAACGACAGGCACCUUAAAGUGAGUGUGGGCUGGACCAUAUAGAAGCAGCAUAAAAUUACUGCCGUAGCUAUCUAUCUAUCUUAUCUAUUCAAUGAUAGAUCUUUCAGUUAAAGAAACCGCUAGUGAACCAGCCUAUUCGUCAGAUGUAGGUUAAAGGAGAACAUCGCCGAAUUUUCUAAAUGUUUGCAUUGGGAUAUAAGGUCGAAGUUUGAUGUGAAACAGUUCAUUAUAGAGAAAUUAACUCGGAUUUCUUUACAUUGGCGGUGAACUAAACGCAAAUAGAUCCCUUAUAAAGGCCGACCUACACUUUGUUUUCUGUUUUUUAAUGCAUUGCUGAUAAUGGUGAAAUAUUUUGAAAAUCACCCUGUGUGUACCUCUCCUUUAUUAAUGCAAUAAAACUACGUUUUAGACCAAAUCUUUACCUCGGAACUAUCAUAAAACAAUGUCUCAGAAAUCAGGCAGUCUAUUCAUUACCAUUUCAUUUGGACGCUUGAUCUCCUUCAGUGUUAACAAGCUGGCAAUUUUGUCUAGAAUGGAGCAUUUCACAUCAAACCACUUGUGUUUUCAUAUUUAUGAAUUAUGUAAUAAUAAAAAAAAAACAUUUUGGGUGGAAACCCUUUUAAAGUCAUGUAUUUUUUGUCUUAUUCGUAUUUUAAGUAUUGUAGCCUGGAGGGGGCGGAGGUUACACAGAGAAAAAGGUAGACAAGAAGCUCGUGCUCAUAAGCAGCUUUAUUUCGGAUUGACUCAGCAACAACAUUACAAGGGGAAAAAAUCGUUCUUAUUUCUGAAAAAACGAAUAUUACUCUGAAAGUCUACGACGCGAUCAUGUCCUUCUAUUGCAGCCCACACAUACACACAUACCUGGGGGGCGGCACCCCCCAGAACCUACCUAACCGGCUCAGAAGUUCGCAUAACCUGUGAACACUAAUACGGAAAAGCUUUACUUACUGUUUUUAGAACUAAGCACAGCCCAGCUAAGCAUGAGGUAUCGUGGGUACCCAGGCGUGCUCUGACUCCUCAGCGUGCUCUUAUUGUUAAUGGACUAACUGAUAUAAUGACAUGUACUUAUUCCAAACGUAUUGCACAACAUUGCUGACCUGCAUGUGUUGCACGCUGUCAAGAGAAAGUGAAGAAUUCUCUUCAACCAAUCGCAGUACGUUUCUACAAGGUCUUCCCUUCCGGUUAACGCUCCGGCGGACUGUCUCCGCGCUGCAGUCAGCUCUCCUUCAGUCUGAGAGCGGAAACAAGGCUGUGAACUUGCGGAAAGUUUAAGAAAGCGGUGAAAUCUCCACAGAGACGAAAAUGUGCUUCUGGCAUUAUCUGUUCGCUACCAUCGUAAGUCUGACCUGGUAUUUGUCGGAGUCCGGACAGUUGUCGUUUCUGGCGGGCAUUUGGCUUCUGUGUUUUCUGCUCAUCUUUCCUGCUGCCUGUAACAGGAGUGAACGCAGCACUCAGACGGACGGCACCGCGGAGGAAGCGUCAUUUCAGACAAGUGAAAGUGGUCAUAUGGCUGGCAGAGAUGAGACUGAUACAACUGCACUAAAGCAGACAACACUGAACAGGUCGCAGUACCCAAAUGUUCAGAGGUCACUUCACCAACUGUUUAGGUGUGCCUAUGCUCAGCUGGUCUUGCCCUGGUACAUGGUCCCAGAACUUGGAGACAGUCAGCCUUUAUAUGCAGCUCUCCUCAGGGAAUUUAACCUCAUUGUGGACCAGAUUAUUUGUAAGGCCAAGGACUUUGACCUCUCAGUCACUAGUGUGGGCUGCAUUGACAUCUUCACCCAGCACCUCCACUGCGCAAAGCAGUCAGACAGGUCCCCACUGUUCAUCAGUAAAGCUGAAGAAAUGGUUUUCCUUAGGUCUUUGUCUGAAGCCUUAAUACACAACCUUUUCCCUCUGCACCUGUGGGAGCCAAAUGUCUACCGCUGUGCUUUACGAGAGAUUCUGGCCACAAAAGUACUGGCACUCGUGACAUUGCUGUCUGACCCAGACAACUUGAAUCGCCUGGUGGUUUGUCAGCUGGAUCGAGUGCCCUUUGAGAGCCCAGUGGGAGAAGGGCAUGACUCGGACAGAGAAAACACUAUUUCCUCUACUGGGGUUGAGAAUGUAGAAGUGCUAAAAGAAGAAGUGGAAGAGAGUCCAUCUGAAGACAUCAAAGCGAAAAAGAAAGGCAACAAAGUGAUGGAAAAGGUCUCCAAGUUCUUUAAGCCGAAGAAGAAGAAAUUACAGAAGAAAGAGAAGGAGCUGAUGAAGAGGGCUUUGCUUUCACGCAGGGCUGCUGUAAUAGAAGCUGAUGGUGCAAGCAGCUGUGAUGACUCGAUCCAUGAGAGUGAAGACAGUGAUGUGGAGAGUUGCUCGAGUAGCCUCCCAGAGGACAUGAUGGAGUUUAAGCUGUCCUUUGAGAUGUGGCGGGUUGGGAACUGGCAUGUUACUGUCACUAAAGUUGAGACAGAAGAUGAAACGUUGUGUUUCACAGUUCGCUUGGAAGAGAAAAGCAACCCUGAGAAUCUCCACUGGGUUGUGAAAAAGACCCAGUCAGAAAUAGUUGAAUUUUAUCACUGCCGAGACAUGUCUCAUCUGCCCUCCAUAUCAGAAAUAGUGGAGCAUACAGAAACAAAGCUUGUUGAAGACUACCAAGAGGAAGCAAAAACAAUUUUUGAGCACUUCCUGCAAGUGCUGGUGGAUGAUGCAGAGUUGGGUCGUACUGAACUUGUGUUCAGAUUCCUCUGCCCGCUGAACAGGUUACUGGGAGAAGAAGAUGGGGAUGGAGGGGUGUGGGGUCUUCUGGGUGGGAUUGCAUCCUUUCUCGACCCUGGCCAAGAAGAUGAUGAGCCAAAUAAUCUUAAAGGGGAGGAGAAGCCAUAUGAUGCCAGGGACAGAUGCAGUAUAUCAGAUGCCUCACCUCAACAUGAUGAACUGGCUCAUGCCCAGCCAGAGGAUACGCACACAUUGCAAAGACAAUAUUUGGAAACAGAGGAAGAGUUGUUGGUCACAGACUCUGGACAUUCACCUUCAACUGACCAGACAGAUGACCUCAAAUGUGGAAAACAAUAUGCAGAACAUUCUGAACGUGAAAGUGUUGGUGAGAAUUUGGCACAAUUUGCUGCCAGGACAAAAGUCAUUCCUAAAAUACAGCCAGCUGUCUAUAGCUCAUUUGACAGUGACAGCGAAAGCCUGGGCCAAUAUGAAAAUGACAGCCUCUCAGACUGCCGUUUGAAUGAAAGCAUAAACAAGAAGGAACACCUCACUCGCAAAAAGUCAACAGAUAAGCCCAAAGGGAAAGAGAAAGUAUAUCAGACCAAAGAAGAGACGCGGAGUUCUCCACAAGUACAGAAAAAAACAGUCAACACACCCAACUGGGCACAACCUGAAGUCAAUAAAGUGAUAUUUGAUUUACUGAAGGAAAUUUCUGGCAAUUCUCGCAUGCUUAAAAUCAUUAAGACUGCUCUAACACCAUUUAUGCCUUUGAUAAAGAAGAAAGUGAACACUUUUCUUAAGAAGUUGAACCCUUCAGAAGCUCAGGUAGCCAACUACAUUGACCAGCUCCGUGAGCUCAUUUGGCCAGAGAUACCCGUCUCCCAGGACCCGCCUCGAAGCAGUGAGAAUAAGAACGAGACCAUGGAGAAAGCUAUGCACCUCAUUUCUUCCAAGCUUGCAGGCUAUCCAAUUUUCAGCAAAACAGAUGUGGAGAUUAUGUUUAAGAUCCUGCAGGACACAGAGGAAAAUAAGAAGCUGGUUUAUAUAUUGCUCUUAUAUCUCCUAAAGAGGUUUCUGCCUGGAGACGUUAUUUUAAAUGGAUUGUCCAAGCUAAAUGGGAAGUACAGUGUUUAACAUCAGUGGACAGUUUCAGAUGUUGAUUGUAGUUCAUGAUGUGACAGGAGUUGCUGAAUGAACCCUCUGUCAAAUCUACAGUAUGAAUAAUUUUCAUUCUUAUUUUGCCCACCUUUAAAGGUCUAAGGUGCGUUGCAAAAUGUAGUACCUAGAUGUUAAGACUGUGAUUACAUUUCUGCAAUUAUUUAAAACUAUAUUUUUGUACAUAUAUUUUAUAUACGACGUGUUUUAUAUGUGUUGAAGAAGUGGUCACCAGUAUGCCCCCUGGAGAUCUACCUACCUGUAGAAAUCAGUUCUAACCCACAUUUACCACACCACCCAGCGAUAAAUUUCUUCUGAAUAGACAACAGUUUGGAUCUUUGCCUAUAUUUAUCAGUUUAAGAACACUGAUCUGAUGUCACAAAUCUUAUCAGUUUGUGUAAUUCUAUCCAGUCUAAAAUAAAAGGCCUGGAUCAGUAUUCUUUCUUUGAGAUGAUUGAUGCAUUUGAGCCCAGAUCUAGUAGAUAAGGGUUUGAACCUCUGCAGGGAGAAGUAGACUGAGUACAGGUGUAACACUUUUUGUGUAACUGUAAAUGGAUAACGUACUUAAUAUUUCUUUUCUGGAUAUUUCUACCAAAUUAGUUCAUACUGCAGUCCCACAGUAAAAAACAAAAACAAAACUUUUAAGUAUUCAGACCUUAGAUAUGUACAAGGAUUAUGUUAUGACCUAUUUUCACCCAAAGCAUUAAUUGAGAUGGUAAUAAGCUAAAUAUAUACAAAAUCAUCACUUUCAAAUUACUUCCUGUUGGGAGGGGGCGGGGCCUUUAACUUAGAACAGGAAGUGAGAUUGCAUCUCUGUCCCUCAUGGCCACAUGGUGAGCAUUUUACAUCUUAUUGUAAAUAUAAAUGUCAGUUAAAAGUUUGCAAUGUGUUUUGACUUUGAACCAAUUUGGGAGAAUGAUCCAUAUUUGUCUACCAACAGAUUCAGGGUAAAAACAUGCAUAUUGUCACUGUCCAGACAAGAACAAAA